CACUUUUGAGAAACUGUCAUCUUUCAACUUUUGACACACGCACGGCAAGUCUUUAGAACUUUCACGAUAAAAAAAAGGAAUCUUCUAACGUUUAAUAUUGUCAUUCAGUUCAAUUCGACCGCUACUAUUGACGCAAAAUGAGCGACCUAGAAGCAAAAUAUUUUGUCCGAGCAUUUCUGAAUUUCAUCCAAAAUCAAAUUGCUGAACGAAAUUUCACAGCAGAUAUUGUGGAAAGUUUGGAGGUAGCACAACAAUGCCUUGAGACCGCAUACGAUUUGCCGAACGGUGAUCCAGAGGGACAAGCAGCACAAUCAGAAUUUGAUGAAAAUCAUCCAAUGGCUGCUGUAAAUCUGUUCGAACUGUUUCAGAAUAGUUGCGUUGAUGUGAAAAUUAGUCCGGAACGAAAAUUGGAGGCGGAAAAUGUCAAGAAUGAAGGAAAUUGUUUGAUGAAGGAGGAGAAAUAUCAAGAAGCAUUGGUUGCCUACAGCAGAGCCAUUGCAUUGGACGCAACGAAUCCCGUUUUCUAUUGCAAUAGAGCAGCUGCUUAUAGUCGGCUAGGUGAUUAUCAGAAGGCAGCUGAUGAUUGCAAAAUGUCUUUACGAUACGAUCCGACGUACUCGAAGGCUUACGGACGGUUAGGCAUAGCCUACUCAAAGUUAAACAAACAUCAGUUGGCCUUAGAUGCGUAUCAAAAGGCAAUCGCUUUAGAUCCGGAAAAUGUCGAUUAUCAAAACAAUAUGAGCGUAACGAAACAACGUUUGGAAGAAACGACUGCUGCCACUGCAACAGCACCAAAUCCUCUAGCCGGUUUCCCGAAUAUUGGAAAUAUUGACUUGUCAGCCGCUUUCAAUAAUCCUGCGUUCACAAAUUUAGCUCAACGUUUCAUGUCGGAUCCCACUAUGCACGAUAUGAUUUCGUCGCUACAAAAUACCGGCAGCAUGGAAUCGAUUUUUGAGACUGGUCAGCAAUUGGUAUCGCAACUACAAAACCAGAAUCCCGAAUUAUUCAACAGCCUACGCCAACAAAUGGGCGGCAUUGCUAGAGACGGAACUAAUCCGGGCCCAGAUGGAACGCCGCCAAGUAACCAGCCUCCACAACCACCAUCACAAUAGGAGUGUUGUUUAAUUUAACGAAUCGAAUGUAUUCACCUCUUUGGAUGCAGCAUUUUUUGUUCAAUGGUUUUUCAACCGUAGCAUUUUUUACUUUACUUUGUAACAACUACCAGAAUAGGUGAAUUAUAUACCCUGAAUAUAA